CCGUUUUACUCUUUCCAUCACAUCACACACACAGACAAAUUUCUCUCUUUCUCUCUCUAAAAUUACUCUCUCUGUCUCUGAAAAAGCUCUAUAAACUCACAGGAGUUAAACGUGUGGUGACUCGUCCACCUCUCCUUUCAUCUUCAGUACACAGGCAUGUAUGCAAGAAUCCAUAGCUGAAAUACAUAUACAUACAGAUAUAUAUCUUGGCAACGGUUUUUGUAGGGUUUUUUUGGAGGGAAAGAAUCAUAGUGCUAGUAACUUCCCCAAUUCAGUCAGAGGCUAGCUUCAUGAGCGUCAAUAUCAGCAUGCUAGACUCCAUUGCUUGUUUCUACGAUCCCAAGGGAUAUGACAUAAUCAAUCAAACAAGCACUAUUAGGGCCAAUUCUCAUGUAUUUUCAAAUCUGUCUCGACAAUUUUUCUCUGUGCCAUAUACCUAUAAUCGGCGAGUGGGUUUGCCAUUAUUCUCCAUGUAUCAAUGGACAAGUCACUGCUUUUCUUUUACUGCAAAUGCAUCUAAUUACAGACCUUUGUUAUCUUCUUUAAUUUCUGGUGAAAGAGGAUUUCACUUCUCCAAUCAUAGACGAGAUCGGAAGGAGAGAUUCUGUAUACAUGCAGCACUUGAUGUUGCCAGUGCUGUUGAGGUCAUCAAUGAUUUGGGAUUGGAUACUUUGACAUUAUUAGCUGUGACUGUUAUAGUUGUUCCGGCCUUCAAGACCAUCAAGGCUAGCCCUAUACUUGGUUUCUUCUUUGCGGGAGUUGUGCUCAAUCAAUUUGGCCUGAUAAGGAAUCUUACAGACGUUAAAGUACUAUCUGAAUGGGGUAUCCUCUUCUUGCUGUUUGAGAUGGGUUUGGAGCUUUCACUUGCACGCUUGAAAGCUCUUGCAAAAUUUGCCUUUGGCAUGGGAUUGACUCAGGUUGUGUUGUCCACUCUUGCUUUCACAGCAUUUGAGCUUCCCCCUAAUGGGGCUAUUGGAACAAGAAUAUUGGAGUUCCUUUUUCACUCAAGGCCUGAUUUGGUGAACAUCAGGAGUGUUGAUGAGGCAAUAGUGAUCGGUGCUGCUCUUUCAUUGUCUUCUUCAGCUUUUGUCCUGCAGCUUCUUGCAGAAAAGGGUGAGCUUCCAACUAGAUUUGGCUCGGCCACUUUGGGGAUUCUUCUACUACAGGACAUAGCAGUUGUCCCUCUCUUAGUCAUACUUCCAGUGCUGGAGAGCCAGAAUUUGGUUGAGGAAAGUAUUUGGCCAAUGCUUGCUAAAGAAAGUUUGAAGGCUUUAGGUGGACUUGGUUUGCUUUCUCUGGGAGGAAAAUACCUUCUUCGGAGAGUUUUUGAGGUGGUUGCAGAAGCGAGGAGCUCAGAAGCUUUUGUUGCUCUCUGCCUAUUGACAGUUGCUGGGACUUCACUCCUAACCCAGAAGUUGGGUUUCAGUGACACGCUUGGAGCAUUUUUGGCUGGGGCAUUAUUAGCAGAAACAAAUUUCCGAACACAGAUUGAAGCUGACAUAAGGCCAUUUAGGGGCUUGCUGCUUGGGUUAUUUUUUGUUACUACUGGCACUUCCAUUGACAUGCAGCUUCUUUUCCGAGAAUGGCCGAAUGUAAUUUCACUCUUGGCAGGUUUAAUUGUUAUCAAGACUAUAAUUAUAACAGCUAUUGGUCCGCGUGUUGGACUAACUUUACAAGAGAGUGUAAGAAUAGGAUUGCUUCUGUCCCAAGGUGGGGAGUUUGGAUUCGUAGUUUUUUCUCUAGCAAACCAGCUUGGAGUUCUACCACUUGAGUUGAACAAAUUGCUCAUAAUUGUUGUUGUGUUGUCAAUGGCACUGACACCCCUACUUAAUGAGGUUGGGAGAAGGGCUGCUGAUUUUAUUAGCAAAAAGUUUGGUGAAGAGGAUAAAACUACUGACACGGUGAACUUUGAUGCUAGCGAACCAGUUGUUAUCCUUGGAUUUGGGCAAAUGGGUCAGGUCCUUGCCAAUUUUUUGUUGACACCACUGGCUUCUGGAAUAGAUCGUGAUGUUGUGGGACAGCCUUACGUGGCUUUUGAUAUUGAUCCUUAUGUAGUGAAGGCAUCUAGGAAGCUUGGGUUUCCAGUCCUCUAUGGUGAUGCAUCACGCCCCACAGUUCUGCAGUCUGCUGGUAUUUCUUCUCCAAAAGCUGUCAUGGUCAUGUUCACAGGGAAGAAGAGGACAAUUGAGUCUGUUCAAAGGCUUCGGCUUGCCUUUCCUGCGGUCCCAAUAUAUGCCAGAGCUCAAGACCUUGCACAUCUCUUAGAUCUGAAGAAAGCAGGUGCAACAGAUGCUAUUCUUGAAAAUGCAGAGACAAGUUUACAGCUUGGCUCUAAGCUUUUGAAAGGGCUUGGUGUCAUGUCUGACGAUGUGACCUUUCUUAGUCAACUUGUUCGAGACUCCAUGGAGCUGCAAGCUCAGGAAGCACUUAACAAGACUGGUGAUCAAGAACUUGGAGUUAUGGGUCCAUUCAAGGUAAGAGUUGCAGACGUAGCUGGGGCCAGAAUCCACGCGGCAUCAGCAGAAGGCAAAUCUUCGAUGGUGAACCAGACAGAGAGGCAUCACAUCUCGAUGGAGGGGAAAGUAGAAGAUCAAUCAUUGCAUGAAUCCGAGGAUUCAGAUGGCAAUGGCACAUUAUAUUGUGAAUUGGGUAGAGAGAAGAGUUUUCCAACCAGCAGUGAAGAUUCUGAGGGAGACAAAGUUGAGGCAGAUCCAUCAAUACCUUGUGUAACUACCAGUGAGGGACCUUGAAGAUAAUUUUUUUUUUUUCUGUAGUCUUAAGACAGCCUAGUGCUUUAAGUUUGCAGCAUAGCUCAAUGUUUUCUGAGCAUUUUUAGUUUUGUGGCUGAGAAAAAUUGUGACAGCAGAAUAGGUUUUUUUUUUUUUUUUUUUUGGAACUUUGGGAGAAAAUCAAACAACAAAAGAUCCCAAUAAUUCAUACAUGGUUCAAAUUUUUUUAGAACCACACAUGUAUAUAUAAUUGAAUUUGACAACAAUAGUUUAUUCAAUCAAAAGUUGCUAUA